UUAGUUUUUCUACUAUUGGAUCCAAAGGGAUUAUGUUAAAGCUUAAAAACCGAUUAUCUUCAAUGUUUGAGAGAGAGAAAGAGGAUAAUUGACAGAAUAAAGGAGACAAAUCGAACGAGAGGAGUUAAUUAAACAAGAAAUAUACACAGAGAAAGUGAAAGUGUUUGGAAGAGAGAGAGAGAGAGAGGUUCUGUUGUGAUGGCACCGUUCUAUGAAACAGCAUCAAAGACCGAAACAAGAAGCAUGAAAUAGAAUGAGGCGAAGUAAUAUCAUUGCGACUGGAACAAUCCUAUUUCAUAAGGAGUUGAGUUGAAGGAUGGUGCAGAGAUAGAAAGGCAGAUAGAGAUGAAGAGUGAGAGACAGAAUCAGUGAGAGAGAAGUAGUAGGGGAUUUAAAAAUACGGGAGAGAGAGAAAGAGAGAGAGAGAGAGAGAGAGAGAGAGAGAGAGAGAGAGAGAGAGCCAAAUUGGGAGUGAAAAUAUAGAUUGGAGGAGAGAAAGAGAGAGGGGAAUAGUGAAAGAAAGAGAAAGUGAGACAAGCAGAAGGAUUUACAAAUAUUUCCAGUUUUUAAUAUGAAUAUGAUGAAUAAUGACACAUAAAACUGUGACAAACCUUCAGACUGUGAAACAGACCCAUGGUGGAGGCUUUCUCGUCAGGAAGGUGAUUGGAGGAAGUAUAUCAUCAUGUGAUCCUUUCAUCAUGUUGGACCACAUAGGUCCAGUGGAUUAUAAACCUGGUGAAGCUGUUGGUGCUCCUGACCAUCCACACAGAGGUAUUGAGAUAAUUUCCUACAUCAUAGAUGGAAGUCUGACACAUGAAGAUUCUGCAGGAAACAAAGGUGUUUUGGAGAAAGGUUGGGUUCAAAUGAUGACUGCAGGACAAGGAGUGGUCCAUGCUGAGAUGCCAGCUGAUGAAAUUGUGGAAAAUGGUGGAAGAAUGGAGGGCUUUCAGCUCUGGAUUAAUCUACCAGCUAAAGAAAAAAUGAUUGAUCCUCAGUAUGAAGACAUUCCUCCUGAAAAGAUUCCUGUGAUAACAAUGGAUGGUGGAAGAGCGACAGCUAAGCUAAUAGCUGGUGAAAUUGAAGGAAAAGUCUCUGUCAAGCAGACGAGAAUUCCAAUAUUAUUUCUAGACAUUUUACUGGAACCAGGAGCAACUUUUACAUCUGAAGUUAUUGAAAAUCAUGCUUGUUUUAUUUAUGUUUGGCGUGGAUCUGGUUUUCUUGGAGAAGAUUGUAAACCAGCCAGUAUUGGUCAAGUUGGGCUCCUCAGUACCUCAGGGAAAAAAGUGACAAUCAAAGCUAGUGAAGAUCAAAGUUGUAAUGCAUUACUCAUUGCUGGUGAACCAAUCAUGGAACCUGUGGUAGGCUAUGGUCCUUUUGUCAUGAACACAGAAGAAGAAAUACAACAGGCCAUCUUAGAUUACCAAAAUGGUGUGUUAGGUUCUAUUCCAGGAGAAGCUGAACGCAUGCACAAGACUAAACUUGCUCAAGCAUUGCAAAAGAAAAACAACACCUGGGCAGACAGAUAAUAUAAUAUUCUGUCUCAGAUGUCUUGACAUUACAUCUUUGUCUUUAAUAUUACAAAUCUGCUAAAAACAAGCCCUUUCAAAUUUAAAAAUAGGGCCUAUGGAAACUUACUCUUUAUUUUUUACCAUUUUUGUUACUUACAAUAAUAAUAAUAAUAAUAAUAAUGAUAAUAAUAAAGUAAGGUUCUGUUGAUAUCUCUGAAUAGCCAGGAACACACAGAUACUAUAUAUAUAUAUAUAUAU